CACGUUGGUUCGUGCCUCGACUGUAUUUUUAUACUGGUGAGGCAGCAGUUACGCGUUCUUCGCUCCUACAACAGCAAAACUAGUCAUCGUCCAUCGCUGGAAGCUCUCGCGCGUUAAAAUGGCAGUGUGACGGCGUGCGGCAGCGACUUUUGCAGCGGCAUCAAACCGGCAGUGCAGCGGCGAAUUGCACUGGCUAUUUCUGGCAAAAUGGCGUCUCUCUCGGCAACCACCCUCAGCUUUGCUGCAGUCGACAGCAGGACCGAGCCCUUCGACUCGCUUACGUCACCACAUUCUCCUUUGUUUUUGUUCACCCUUUCACUGCGACCACUGACCAGCAGCAGUCAUGACACUCUCACAGCUGGCGCUGGAGGACGUGGAGGCCCUGUACUUAGGGCCCUCGUUUCUGAUGGCUGACCCCAUGGGGCCCCUUCUGGACCAAGAUGAAGAGGAAGCUCUUUCUCCCUCCUCUUCUUUAGAGGGAAAGGCACCAGCUUCGCCCCCUCUGUCUUUCUCUUCCUAUGCAUCCUCCCUGUCUCCCUAUCAGACCUUGUCAUCCUCUCCACCCCCUUCUCCUCCUCUCUGUACCUCCUCGUUACUGGGAACCAAGGUAGAAGCCGACUCAUUUCCCUGGUUGGGUGCCAGCGAUCUGCUCCAACAUGGACAUGGAGCAGAUGGCAGUAAAGAUGAUUUAGAGGCCAUGGAUUGGAUGUCGGAGAAAAUCGACCUGAGUGAAUUUGACCUGGAUUCUCUCAUUGGCUCCUGCACAUCAGAUGAAUCUCCAAGCUCCCCUGAAGAUAUCCUGGCCUCCCUAGACUCCCACAUAGAGUUGGAUCUGGAAGCCUUUGACCCAGAUAUCCGUGCCCAGCUGAGUCUGUCACUGCCCACCAUCCCCUGCCUCCUUCUGGAGCCCCCUGUUUCUGGGCCGACUGAAGCCAAGAAGAGUGAGACGUUUCCUGAUGAGGAGGUUAUGAAAUCUGAGCCUCUCUCCUCAGCUCCCUCUCCAUGUCCCCCCUCUCCAGCCUACACAUUGGAGCUUGGAAGUGAAGUGGAUGUGCUGGAAGCAGAGAAACCUUCUACAUCUUCUGCUGGUAAAAUCAUUACUGAUCCCAUUCAGGUCACUGUUCCUCAUCUCACCAUUAAAUCCUCCCCUCAAAGUGACUCUGACAGCGACUCUGGAUUUGAGUCAGCCGCUGGUUCACCGCCUCGCCUCCCUUCCCCUGCUCCUUCGUCUUCUUCCUCGGCCGGUUCCUCCAGGACCAAACCCUACUCCAAACCAGAGCCCACCCCUGUUUCUCCCCCCUCAGCCAAGGUCUCAAAGGUCAAAUCAGUCUCUGGGGCGCCCAAGGUGGUGGAGAAGAAAUUGAAAAAGAUGGAGCAGAAUAAGACGGCCGCCACUCGCUACCGGCAGAAAAAGAGGGUUGAGCAGGAGUCGCUGCAGUCAGAGUGUGAUGAGCUGGAGAAGAAGAAUCAUGAGCUGAAGGAGAAGGCAGAGUCCAUUAGCCGGGAGAUCCAGUAUCUCAAGGAUCUGAUGGAGGAAGUUCGUAAGCACAGACGCAGCAAGACCAACUCAGUGGCCUGAAGACCAGGAUAGAUGUGGUUCCGUCCUGUGGUCCAAGGCGGUCGUUUCUCCUCCAGUGCUCACAUGCCAGAAGAAAGCAACCCAUUAAGCAUUUAAAGUCUGUUUUGAGAGAUUAACACCUAGCAUGUGAGCCUAGACGUAUGAAACCUGCCACUGAUCGGGGGAUUUGCUAGAUGGGUAGAAAAAGCAUCAUGAGGUUGAGCGUAGUGUAGAGCAGGGGGCUGGGGGGUCGUCAGGUGAAGCAUCUGUACAUGCUUAUCUCUCAGUCCCCUGUUAGAGCUCUGUCUACUCCCUGUCUCACUAGCAGUACAUGCAGUCAGGGUGUAUAUUUGACUCUGUAGACUAGGCAUGCAAAACAUGAGUCAUGAGUCAUCAUAGUUCCCAGUAGACCUGUUACUCUUUUUACCAGGAUGUUCCUCACUUCAUGUGUCAUGUGUAAUUUUCCCAGCUUCGUUCCAGUCUUUCACCUUCACUUUUUAACCUAUUCAACCUAUUUUGACCUUCCUCUUAACACUUAAGUCCAGAAAGGGGCCUCGGCCUAUUUAUGAUUUCUGUUACUGUCAACGUUUGUGUGUAUAUAGGUUUUCUUCUCUGCUUGCCGAUUGUGUGGGUUUAUUUAAUGCUGGAUAAAACUUGAUCAUGCCUCAAGUAGCUUGUUCUCUUAGCGCAGCUGUUUGGCUUGUAAAAAUGCCCUGUUCCUCUUUUCUAAUAAACGUCUGUCAGUAAACUA